AUGUUUGGCGGUUCAAGGAGACACCGGCAGGCCAGCCAGCCAUUGACUGCCGCGACAGCAAACCCCAAUGCAGCUACCGCAGCUGCGUCUGCCUUUGCACGACGCGCAUCCUCCUCGUCACUCUCAUCCGCCGCUGCCGCCGCCGCCCUUCGAGCGAGACCAACGACUCCCAUCAAUGUGGCCGAAGUUCAAACGAAGCGAACUCAGAAGCGCAGCACAUCUGUAUCGUCGCACGGGAGUCAAGACACUAGGAAGGGCUUGCAAAGGUCGCCUAGCCAAAGCUCUAUGACUGAAAGAACCUUUCGCUCACCAUCGCCUCACCGGACUCCAGCGGCCUCCGAGGAUGCACCGCCGGUCCCGGUAAUUCCGGACGACGUUCGAUCAAACAGAGGGAAUUCGACGCAUACGAAAGCAACAAAGUUGCAAAUGCAGCCAUUUCGUGUUGCGAGCCAAAAGGCUAAGGAGGGCGCAGGCUCAUGGUUUGGGGCCGCAACUGAGGGUAACAUGGCCAAUGUCAGGACCUCAGAUGCUCCGAUGCGCGCCACCUCACCAGAAUUCAGUCCAGGAGCUGUAAGCCCAACUUCUUCUAUCAACUUUUCGUAUCCCAGGGGCUUGCAUAGCGCAUCGCCCCCGGCAUCGCCAACCUUCGAGAGCAUGAGAAUGACAAGUAGCCAGCGACAUGCUCCAACUCGCCGAACCGAGUCAGUUAACUCUCGGUCGACAACUUCGGAUCAAUCACUCGUAUACGAUCCAAAUAGUCGGAGGAUGGUUCCUAAGGUCACUCUCCUAGUAAAGGAGCAGACCGUUCGUGACGCAUCUGAGAAGUCGGCUCAGAAGAAAAAGCAUCAACAGCAAGGACUGGCUAGGAGUGGCUCUCAUCUGGCCAAAGGCACGGUGAGUCGAGUGCAUGGUGCUGCAGUGGACGCUGAGCGGCCAGCUUCCGACCGACAAGAACAAUCUCAGGUUUACGUUUCUUCAAGCGCCCCCGAGCAGAAGUCUCUUCAAAAUCACAUUCCAAUCAGAGAGACUUCACUGUCAGCUCCAGUAUCACCGCAUGUGGAAGAACACCAACCCAAUGACAGAAAGGUGUCACCACCACACACUUCAACCGUUGAGACCCAUGUUCAUCAACCUGCAGUGUCCAACGCCGGAGUUAGUCUUCGGGAGUCUAUCAGCAACCCGGAACCCCAGCCGCCAGUUGUCCAGGACGUGCGGAAAAGCGAUGGUGCCACCAUCUUACCACACUCUGAACCUCGCCAAGGUGCGCCGAUUCUCGGAAGGAAGCCAUCAAUAGUACGAGAAGAAUCAGACGAGGACUUAGAGGAUUCAGAAGACGAGGAGGCACGAAGACCUGCUGCGCAGUACGACGUUGCUCAUGUGGCUGACGCAGCACCCGUGGUAUCCUCAACUCCUCCGAAACAACCAUCGCUAUCUUCCGAGAGCACCGCUGUUGAGUCUCCAGUAUUCUCAUCUCAAAGGCAUCAAAGCCCGCCAGAACAAAGACAGCACGGGAGUGUCCGAAAUGACCGUGCGCAUUCGAGUAGCCCAGCAAGAUCAGCACGCUUUGCGCUGGGUACAGAUCAGUUGGUCGUCAGACACGAACCCCCUCCAAGAUCAGUCUCGCCUCGAAAGUCUGCCAUGAAACAUUCAACCAGUCCUUCCAGGGGCGCUUCACCAACUGAUGAGAGUUCUGAAGCGUCUGGUCCGAGCCGAUAUGGCAACGAAGCCACAGCCACAGAGCCACCAAUGGCACGUAAAAAGAGUGUCCGUGUUAGUUUUGACGACGAAAACACCAAGGCCGUCGGACAGGUCACACCGAAACCAGAGCUCGACUUGUCAAUUCCCCCUAGUCCGCAACAAACAAAGCGACACUGGUACAGCCAUCUAGGUCGGAACCGCAAGAAAGACAUAAUUGCUUUAGAUGACGAUGAAGUGAUGAAACCUCGCCCUGCAUUGCCUUCAUUCGGCAGCAUACGUGAGAAGAAGCCACGGGAUACUGAGGAGCGACCUCUGGUUCGACCUCUCGAGCCCCCUUCUUCCCCGUCCGUGCCUGAAGCAUCUGCAGACCCAGACGCAGAAGGGCAGUCAGUCCUAGUUGGUCAAUCCACUGACCACAAUGUUGGUGCGAUUCUCAAUCAAGAGCAAACGGCUAGAAACGCCGCAAACAUAUCAAGGUUCCGGGAGCCGCUGCCUCCCGUCGUAACUUCUAUCGAAGGAAAUGGUUACUACUCCGCUAGCAGUACGGGCUCUGAAGAUGAAGAAGAGCAGGAGAUCGUGCAAGAACCUGAGCCAACGUUACCUCCUAAACAAGUCAAGGAGGAAAUACUUGCUGCCCAUCCAGAAUUGGUAGAUGAUGGGAUUGUUACAGCUGCACAGGCAGGCCCAGCUCACCAAAACAAUGUCGAAGACAGAUGUGCCAAUGACGAGGUUCCUUCAAUUUCUGUCAUUCAGCCGACUCCGACUCCGAAGGAAAGUGCUGUCACUAGCCAGUCUGGUUCUUCUGGGCCUGGGUACUUCGACGUUCCCGGUGGAUUUCCAGAAGAUAGCGAGGAUAAUGAGCCCCGUCCUCAAAAUCACCCUGAAGCACACAAUGACCAGAAAUUUCAUACUGACCAUGCAACAAUACCCAAGGUCGAUCGAGUUGUUGCAUUUGCGCCGUCUGCACAAAAGACUACAUAUCAGCCUCUCGUCGAAGACUCUGAAUCUUCAGAGGGGGACAGCAUAUACAGUGACGCAUACGAGGAUCUCUCUGAAGUUGAAGGAGACGGUUUCAUGUCUCUGGAUGCUAUUGUCACCACUCCUAUACCUGACAAGGUCUCACAAAAGCUAUUUGAGAAAGCCUUGACCACCCCGCCUCAAGAGAUGCCUGAAGAUCACCAAGCCCAUGUGACCCACAAGGGACCAGGUUCUCUGCAAAUUGUGAAUACAUCUCGCCCAGAGGACGAAUGGGAAAAGGCUAAGGAGUAUUGGCGGGGUUUAACCAGCGACAAACGCAAACAGCUAGAGAAGGAAGUGCAGGAAGAGGCCGGGGCUGAUGGGGACCUUGAAGAAGUUGUCCAGCCUAAGAAAAUGAAGAGGAAGAAGUCUGUUCGCCGCAACGAACCAAGUGGACAACAGCAAACGCUUUCCGAAUCCGAACGGGUAUAUCAGAUCCAGCCCGGUGCCAGAGCCGUUGAUGAAGUAGACGAACUGCCAUCAACAUUGCGCCAGACUCUCCGUGGUCGACAGCAACAUGACGCUCCCAGAAACGUAAAGCUCCAGAAGACAAUGAGAGGUGCGCAAAAUCAGCCCGUGGUAGCUGCUGGCACGGGUAUGCGGAAAACAUUACGGCCUGAGAAUUCAGCGGCAACCUCUCAAAACUUCGAGCAAUCUCAACAUACCAAUUCGGGAAGAAUGCGAAUGUCUAUGAGGCAACCCGCAACCUCUCGAAAUGAUAUUCCUCGGGAACGGUCAGAUGACACGGGCUAUGAUCGUCCACUUUCGCUACAGGGUCCACCAGCAAGUCGGGAAACAGAGGGCAGACGCAACAGGCAUGCAUCUAUGGAUGCGUCGAUGUCAAGCACUGAGCUGGCGCGGGCAAUGCAGGCCAAUCUCCGCCGACGUGCGUCAGACUCAAGUGAAAGCAGCUUUAAGCGAGCACGUCCAUCUCGUGAAGGUUUUGGCUUCCGAAAAUCCAUGAGAUCAAAUAUCAUGCCAGAUUCGCCAAUGGCCGGCCGAAAUUCACGCUUCAGUCUUCGAUCAGCGUCGCCUCCAGGCUCACCCUCCUCGCCGCCUCUCAGUAUGGGCACACGAAUGACUAUGCGUACGCUCCGCAGUGAUUCUAGUGAUGGAAGCGCCCGUCGCAUGCGUCUACCAUCCUUUGGAAAAUCAUCCUCGAAAAAGACUGUUGGCAAAUCUGGCAACAAGAGUCGUUUUGGAGAUUCAAGCGACGAAGAUGAUGCUGGCCCGUCCACUUUUCGUAGUCGUUUCGCUAACUCCAGUGACGAAGAAGAAGCGCCUGCGUCUCCGCCUGUGCAUAGUAUGUCCAAGUCUAUGCGAACGCCCAGUUCUGCCGCAGCUGCAGCAAUGAAGGUACCCCCUCCACGCUAUGAGGAGAAAGGCGAAGUAUCCCCGGAUCUUCCGGACAGCAGUGAUGAGGAGGCAGCACCAGCGCAACAGCAGAAGCGCAUGUCUCCAAGAAAAGUCUCGAGCGCUAGUGGCCGCCUUGUCAAGUCUCAAUCUGACAGCCACGGGCUCCAGCGAUCUGGUUCCGGCCGUGGAGCACUCAUGGAUUCAGCGACAACCCCCUCCAUGGGAACCCAGGUCAUGUCACGACCUGCCCAAGAACGCAGAGGCAGUUUCCUUUCGGUCCUUCGCCGUAAAAAGGACAAUAGCGUAGGCAAGAUCUCACGCCCCACGCACGGCGAAAGCGCGGCUAGGAUGGAUACCAAGUUGGAACGCAGCGCCGAUGAGAUCUCAGCCCUUCGCAGCAAUAACAUGUCUUCGGUGCUGCAGAAUCAGCCAGCGAAGAACUGGCCGCUCGCUGGAGAGACAGUCGAUGACGAGAAGCGGCCUAUGACGGCGGGAAACAGCAAGCCGAUGGACGAGUCUCGGCCUGUUUACACACAGCGUCGCAGUACCAACCAGGGGCUUGCAUCGUAUCGUCCUGCGGAGCUUGACGAGACCCAGGUCGAAGGUCCUGGCAAGAAGAAGAAGAAGUUUGGCACGCUCAGGCGGAUGUUCAAACUAGAUGACUAG